GUAAGUCCAGCGUCCAGUAGUGACGAGCUGUCGAAUAAGGAACUCUAUCCGUACUUCUUGCGCACGGCCCCGGCUGACACAAUGCACGUACGCGGCCUGAUGCAGCUGAUAGAACGCUACGGGUGGACGUACGUGUCCGUACUCUACCAGGACGGCAGCUACGGCGAAACAGCCGCCGCCUACAUUCGCGAAAUCGCGAGAAACAACGACAUUUGCUUCGACGCCUUCCUCAAGGUCAGCCAAUCGGCGACGUCGGCCGGCUACAAGGACAUCGCGCGCCGCCUGGUGGCGCACAGGGGCGUCAGGGUUGUGAUCGUGUUUCUAUACGUGCAGCAGUUCUCUCCGAUCGUGAUGGCGCUGCGCGACACUGGCGCCACUCAGCGGGGGCGAUUCAUAUGGCUGUGUAGCGACCCCGCGUCGCACGGAAACUUCGAAGACAUGGAGGAACUCGGAGAAGGAGCGAUAUCGUUUCGCGUGUGGGCGCCUGCCGACAUGCCAGAUUUCAGGCGCUGGUGGGCGACGCGUUCACUGUCGGAAUACGGUGCGUACAUUAUAGCAAACAAGCUGGUUGCGACCGUCUUAACGGCGUGGCUCCUGCCACCGCAAGCAGAGCUGAUACAGGAAGUCGCCACGAUACAUCGCGUCGAGCUGCGAUGCGCGGUGGCGCUCCCUGUCUUCAUUUCGUCGCUCAGCUACAACCUGUUUCUAGUCACAGCGUGCGCCUAUUACGCAGUGCAAACGCGCCGUCUACCGGACAACUACAACGAAUCGCGCUACAUCUCCUUCUGCGUGUACACGACUCUGAUCAUGUGGGCCGCACUGCUGCCGGCGUACUACACGGUGAACAGCACCCUGUACAAAGUCGUUCUCCUCUGUCUCGCCAUCUCGUUCAAUGCCUACGUGGCGCUGAUCUGCCAGUUCGUGGUCAAAAUCUACGCGCUUUAUUACGUACCAAACAUCGAGUACGGUAUCGGGCACGGCGUCAGCGCUGGCGGUGUGUUAUCUGCUACGAGCAGGGUGGAUCAUCACGCCGUCAGUGCUAGGG